GUGGAUGAAGCCGAACGCAUCGAGUUACGGCGACCAAAUUUGAUGAAUUUUGAACUUCUUGUGCAUGAUUUUGAUUAACAGUAUUUGCUUUUUCUCUCACGCUCGCAUGGGGUUGUUUUUUUGUUCUCCGCUGCUUGAACGGGAUAGUAGACUAGUCUCAUAAAUACACUCAUACAUGAUUAUGUGGAUAGCGGUCGAACUUCUGGCACUUCUCAGAGAAUUAUAGAUGAUGGUCUUUCAGCAGUAUGAAAUAGUGCUGUAGUGCUUCAAGCUGUGACCGCUGUUUGAUGUUUUUAUAGUCGUCUAACCUCGGAGGAAUGGCUCGAGUCGCCAGCUCCUGCAGAAGAUGAGGACGACGGCGCGCAGGACCACCCGAGACCGAAGCAGAAGGAGGUCGUUGUGGACCACACUGCUCCUUUCAAGUAUGAUGGUAAUUUUAUGGUGCCUUGGGUAUGGAGGGGGUGCAGUACGUGGUAUUUUGGGGACGGUUAUUUGCGUGACGAAUUCAAAAAAUUCGUUUCGCUCAACGAAGAGGACCCUCUGAGAGUGCAUGUAGGGAAGGGCACACCUAUGAUUGUGGGGAGGAGAAAAGGUGGACCUCCUCCUAGGGGCGAUCCAAUCGAGAAGGAUACAUACGACUUGUAUUCCUACAUCAAGGAUGAAGAUGGACAUAAAGGGAAAUGGAUUCGACACACCCAAGCGAAAACGCGUGUACGCGCGCUUGGUUGUCUUGAAGUUGAUGAAUAA